AUGACCUACAAUCUCCAAAAAGCAGGCUUUCUACAAGCGGCUUCCAUUAGUUAAUCAUGAUGUCGAUAAGGCCAUUUGGCUGUGAAGAGUGUUCCUCGACAUUCACCAGAAGUGAGAAUCUUGAACGACAUAAACGAACCAGGCACGGAGACGCUGCGCGUAAAUCAUUCCAAUGUCCGCAUUGCCAAGCCAAGUUCGCUCGCAGAGACAUAUGUAAGCGGCAUGCAAACAGAUGUCAAGAGAAAUCUCUCCAGCAAUCUGCUUCCUAUCAGUCCGUUACGAGGGCAUCGUCCGGUGGUGGCAUCCACUCACAAUCCGAGCCCCUACAGAGAGCUUCGUCGGAGAGCGAACCUUCUCCAUCCUCAAAGGCUAAUGACCACAAUCUGCGCCGGAAGAGGCGGAGACGAUCAUCUUCACCAGGCAUUGAAGCAGCCGUCGUUGGAAACGGAGAUGCAGAGGGACCGGACGCUGACGCCUCGUGGCAUUUGUAUACCACGCCCCAUCUGUCGGAGCCGCAACCUGCACGUAACUCAGAGGCACUUGUCUCUCCCGAAUCGAUCAGCCUUGGUACAAGCAACAACUCAGUUGGCUUUCUAGUCGGGCUGUACUUUGCUUAUUUUCAUGCCUCGCUGCCAAUCAUUCACAAAGCGACUUUUGAACCAACGACAGCCCCUCGGCCACUGUUGAAUAUUAUGGUGGCCAUCGGUCACCUGUACUCCAUCAAGGACUUUACGGACGAGCCAGCGGCCACCACUGUUGAGCGAAGCCGCAGGCUGUGGGCUCAAGGUGUCGAAGAGCUUGAGAAAAUUAGGUCAUCGGAGUGGAGAGAACUUCGGAAAACCUGGGUGAUGCAAGCGUGGCUGUUGCAUAUUGUUUAUGGGGUCUAUGCGGAUGUAUCAGCACAGGACGGUACAGCGCGGCGGAUGCUGCGGCAUCUCGUUGAUGCCGUUCGAGACCUUGGGCUGCUCAAUUAUGCAGUAGCAGCUACGAUGUUCCCUCGUAUAGAUGAUGAGAUGAUGGCAUCUUUCAACUCAAGUGAACUAGGCUGGCUGGAGGAUACCUGGAGAGCGUACCUCCACGAAGAAACCUUGAAACUCUCGCUCCAAGCAUUGAUGUUCUUAGACCAUCAUGUCUUUUCCUCAUGCAACAUGCGUCCCCUCCUUAGUCCGAUCGAGUUCGUCUGGGAACUUCCACUGCAUGAGGAACUCUGGGAAGCGAAAGACGCGCUCUCCUGGCGGAUAAUAUUAACCGACAAAUAUGGCGAGUCGGCUAUGGUUGGAACUACACUCAAAUGGCCUAUUCCUCUCAAUCGGGGAUCCCACACCAUGUCAACAUCCCUCGCCACGCAGUCACUCAUGUCGGAAUCGCCGUGCCCACAGCUGAUAGAAACCCUCUUCGCCUCGCCGAUGGCAACACUUGCCGUGCUGACCAACAUCGAACUGCUGAUCAAGGACUUCACACGCUGCUACUACCAACUACCACCCAACCCGUCCGAUCCAUCAGCAUACCACAUUUUGACGCAAGGUCAGAACCAGCGCAUAUUUGCCUCACUGAAAGUACUCAUAGACAUCACGUCGACACAGGUCGUGCACGAGACGCACAACGAGAAACCGCUCUGGCGAGCAUGCGAUAUGACUGCGCGAGCAAUCAAAUUGAGUCUCUGCAGACCGGAUGACUUGCUGAUCUGCGGGAUCGUAGAGAGCAACGUUAUCGCGACUUUGAUGACCGCGACCCAUCUCACGCUCGGUAGUUAUGUCGCAGCCAGACGGUCGACGCAGUCGCUGCUAAAGAAACGAUCCGACGACGAGGGUGCGCUUGCCAUCACAGAAGACCUGGUCUCAGCACUUACCAGCAUUAUGGGUGCCAGUCCGAGACUCGCAUACUGUGAGGGCCCGUGGACGACGGCCAUCAGCUACCGAAUCCUCCUACUCAUCUGGAAAGUCCUGCGCUGGGCCGUGGGAGCGAUUCGUGAGAAACUCACCGCUCGCAUAGCAAACGAUGAUAUAAUCAAUUUACCACGCUCGUUCGGGUCAUGCUCGUUGGUUCUGAACUCUCUUCUAGAAACGAUAUUUAACGGCGAGCCCGAAUCGACGGCUGCUGCGUCUCGACAGAACAGCCUCUGGGCAACGGAUCUGCAGAGUUUGACGGCCAUUUUGGAUCAUAGCGAGGCGGAUCUUACCAACCUUAUCAUCAGGAUAUGUAAAUCGCGGCCUGUCUGGGCGAUUGGUUCUGCUAUGGUGUCGUCAAUAGAGAACAUCACAGCGACGACGUCGUCGAAUGUGCCUUUGAAUAUAUACCUAUAGCAGUAGCUCUAAUUCCAAACUCGAUAUCAG